UUCGACUGGACCUUCAAUUUGGGUGACACAUGCGUUGAUAUGGCCAUGGAGGACACUCCUCCAAUUCAACCGUCCAUCAUCUGUCUCUGUCGGUAUACUGUCUACUGCCUCACGACCGGCGGCACUGUACGAUGGCAGAUUCGCCUCGAACGCGUUGGAACUGCGCUCAUGGUCUAUAGUACGGGAAAAGAAACGCUUUCAAUUCGACUUUGUGUGACGACGAGUUCGAACUCACUGCUGGUAUUCAUGGAUAACAAACUGAUGUGGAAUAGCCAAACCGAAGACACAAUUGUGGCCAUCAAGCUGAGCAGUUACAGUUCAACAUAUCAGAGUGUGCUUUCGAUGCUUUCUGUCAGUGGCCGAGUCUCUAUCGGAUAUCUAGGAACCGAGCCCAAUUUGUACAAGGUCCCGAUUGACAACCGCUUCAUCGACUUCAAAGCAAAAAUUCAAGAGAUGCGCACCAUUGAAGCUUCACUCAAAGACACGGGUAAUGUAGGCGUGGAAAAUAAAACUGUAUUCACAAUGAAGGCAGUUCCUGGCGAAUUGGAGAAAGGAGCGGUUGGUUUGUUUAUUUACCAAUUGGAUAAAUAA